AUUAUCAAACAAAGAUACACGUAUUGAGAUGACUUGGAAGGUAGGGAAGAUGUUUUAGUGCACAACAGUUUCUGCAGAGUGCAGAACCAACGUAAGUUUGCUAGAUCCUGCAUGAUCUGUUGUCUGUGUGAUCCAAUCAGACUGAUGUUUCACCUGAUCCUGAUCGCAAAGUUCAUGUCUUGCCGUCUUGGAUAUAUGGAAAUCUAAAAGAUGCAUCUCUGUGGAUCCUUGUUGACGCUGACGCUUUCCUAUGUGAUUCCUUCCUUGUAGUUCUUACUGACAAAGGCAUGAUUGCCUCCUGAAGCAUCUUCUCAGGAUUCUAUCACAGAUUCUAUGCCCGUACCUUUUAUGGAAAAAUUCAGUGUGUUUAUGUAUAUGAUUUAUAUACUUUGAUUGCAGUAAUUUUAAUUCCUCAAUGAGAGAGUUGCUGAGAAUUCCAUUUAGUCUAAGAGAACUGCAUAUAACAGGUAGGAAAUUCAGAAUCAUGGUGCUGCAGUAGCAAUACUCUGCCAUCUGUAAUGCUAUCACAGUCCAGUCCAACUCGAGAUCUUGUUUCUGCAUCCAAUUAAAAAUAAUGUUUCCCCGCAUGUCCAGAUAUAGCACUAACAUUUGCAUCCUGCCCAAAUUAGAUACAAAAGUUCAGAGCUCAGUAAUGUUCAGGCUAUAGACACCAUAGAUUAGUUCAGACCGGCAAAACAAAGUAUAUCUGGGCAGGAAUUAAAGCAUAUACACAGUCACAAGCAUUACCGGUAUGGGCCUAGUAACUCAUGUUAACACCAUCAGCUUGCAUCGUCACAUAAGGUAUUUCUUCUUUCCCAGGCCACCCUAUCCAUGCGACAUGCUAAACCAAGAUCACCAAGAAAAACUUUCUUCGCAGCACUGAUCCCUUGCCUUCCUCGCCUCUCGAGCUUUAAAUCUCACAAGGUCGCCUCCAAUGUCUUCCCCUUUCUCCCUCCGAUCCGCAUCAGUUGGCAGAUUUGCCAUAGCCAAAUCAGUAGCAUGGGAGAACCAAGAAGUUGCAGGCUAUGGCUGCUUCUGCUGGUGUUCGCACGAUGGUACCAUGCUUCAAUGGCAAUGACGUUCACAAUAUCGAACUACUGCCCCCACCCGAUCUGGCCGGGGACGCUCGCCGGCGCCGGCACGUCGCAGCUGUCGACGACGGGGUUCAAGCUUGACCCCGGGCAGACGGUCCAGCUCGCGGCGCCAGCGGGGUGGUCGGGGCGGAUAUGGGCGCGGACGGGGUGCGUGUUCGACGCGGACGGCGCGGGCGUGUGCCAGACGGGCGACUGCGGCGGGCAGAUGGAGUGCCGCGGCGCCGGCGCGACGCCGCCGGCCACGCUGUUCGAGGUCACGCUGGACGGGAGCGGCGGCCUGGACUUCUACGACGUGAGCCUCGUCGACGGCUACAACCUGCCCGUCGUCGCGAUCCCGCGGUCGCGGCAAGGCGGCGCGUGCAACGCCACCGGCUGCAUGGCCGACCUCAACCGCUCGUGCCCGAAGGAGCUGCAGGUGGACUGCGGCGACGGUGCCAUCGCGUGCCGGAGCGCGUGCGAGGCGUUCGGGCAGGACAGGUACUGCUGCAGCGGCUCGUACGCGACGCCGGACGCGUGCCACCCGACAGUGUACUCCUCCAUCUUCAAGUCGGCGUGCCCGCGCGCCUACAGCUACGCCUACGACGACAGCACCAGCACCUUUACCUGCAAGGCCUCCGACUACACCAUCGCCUUCUGCCUGCCGACCUCCGGGAUAAAGAGGUCGGAUGCGGUGUUUCUCGGAGCACAGAUGGGCGGCGAGAGCACCAACGGUGGCAACGCGCCGCCAGUUUACAGCGGUGGCAAUGCGCCGCCGGUUUACAACGGUGGCGAUGCGCCGCCGGUUUACAAUAACGGUGGUUUCGAACCGCCGGUUUACAGCUAUGGCGGCGGAGGCGCCCGUCAACCGGCUAUGGCGGCCUCGUCGGCGAGCCCAAUAUACAUCCGGCCAUGGCCCCUGCUACUGCUAGUCCUCCUUUUCUGACGGCGCUCGGUUGAUCUUGUUCGUGCACGGUACAUGUCAGGCAACGAGAAAGGUGAAGCUGAAGCUUCUCGAAGAGCUGGAUGAAGAAAUGGGAGGAUCUGAGCCCAGACGGAACGUAUGGAUAGCAGGCAUGGAUCGAGGAGGAGAUCCUGAAGAAUUCUUUUCUGGCAUUGGGCUAGUACACCUUGUGUAUUUGCAGUUGUAAAAAAACUGACUGUUCAGCUAGUGGAUUAGCUGCUAGUGAGCAUAAGGAAAAAUUGUCGUAAAGAUUGAAAUGGACUCGUAAAUUAUUGAUUCAUUAUUGUAGAGCGAUCAGGUAAACACGUAGAGAAAUUUCCUUCUGA